AACAAAGCUUGCCACCGAGAACGGUAUCAGUACGAUAGUGAUCUUCCGUUGAUAAAGUUUAGAUUCGGUGGUUUAUGUUUUAGUGACCAAAUCUAUGAAAAUGAUGAAGGUCUUCGCGUUCGUGGCUGCUCUGGCAACAAGUGCUACUGCAUAUGUCGUCGGUAAUGGAUACAACAUUGUGACAAAACACGCUACGCAGUACUACGGAAACGGAGUGGGUUCUGGUGAAAAUUACGGAAACUCAGGAUACGGUGCAACUGGCUACGGAGGACAGGGAAAUUUAGGCUACAUAACUCCAGCAAACUUGGAAUACAUGAACAAAGGAUCGAAGUAUGACAACUACGACGAUCAAUACGAUCACAAGGAUUAUUACGCCUACCCAAAGUACAAAUUCAACUAUGGUGUUCAGGACUCGCACACCGGUGACCACAAAAGCCAAUGGGAAAUCCGUGAUGGGGAUGUUGUGAAGGGUGGAUACUCUUUCUACGAACCUGAUGGCACCAAGCGAGUGGUGGAGUAUACUUCCGACAAACAUAGCGGAUUCAAUGCUGUCGUGAAAAAGAUCGGCCAUGCGCAUCAUCCGCAAGUUUAUGGCACAGAAAAUGGCAUCUCUGGAAGUGGAUACGAUGGACACCAUGACGACAGUUAUAGCUAUAAUAAUAUUCACUGAAGCACAGUGAAUGACGAACAAAGUGUAGAACAAUUUUUAUUUAUUUACCUUGAAUUUAUCCUGAGAUUAUACCUAUGAACACUCGUAGACUUGCGAUUAAAGUUGAAUGAAAGAUUGUACAGUGUACAGAACGCCUGAAUGUGGACACCGCUCGAAAAAUAAACCUGCUUGAAAACU